CUGUCUCUGACUGGUGGUUUUAGUCCGUCGACCACAAGCGCACUGUCUCUUCCCUAGAGCACUGUUCACAGCUCUUCCCUUUUUCUUUCAUCCUUUUACUCAAUCCUUGGCUUACUUCAUCUGGCUAUCUCCCUUCUCUCCAUGAGCAUGAAAAGUGCAGAUAUCUAGCCUGCUUUGCUCCAUCUCGGAGCUGCGAGGGUUGCAGACCCCGCAGGACCGCUGCUUACUAUAUCGCGCCAGUUAAAACCUCCCCCCGCUGCCCUAAAAAUUCGCUCCUCGGCGGAAAGUCGCAGAUUUAUAUUCAGUUUUGUGCGACCGUUCCAUAUACUCCCACAUCUUAUCGAGGUUCGAGCCGGGAAGCCCGACCUUCUCCGCAUCCAAGUUUGCAUCCAUGAGGCGUCCCUGAGUGAGAGAAAAGUGAGAAUCUGCUCGAUAUCCCGUCAAUCAUGUCUCCCAGCGACACCAACCUGCCUGAGGGUGUCGCCGGCUCAUCCCGGAAGCAGCAGAUCUCACAUCAUCCAGAACCACAUUCUUCUGUCCCACAACUGCACCCAAAUGCGUCGCCUCCUCCGGGAUCCUCUCCUCUAACCAGUAUUCAGAUAUACUCCACGCGCAUCCCUCAAGCAUGGGUUACGCCGUUCUGUGGAGCAAGUGCCGGUAUCGCAUCCGGAAUAGUGACUUGUCCCUUGGACGUUAUCAAAACAAAGCUACAAGCCCAAGGUGGAUUCCAGCUAAGGCGAAAUGGAAAGCUGGUCGAGACGGGCACGUUGUACAAGGGGAUGUUAGGAACCGGAAGAAUGAUCUGGAAAGAUGAAGGCGUCCGCGGAUUAUAUCGAGGGCUAGGGCCCAUGCUUUUGGGAUACCUGCCAACUUGGGCCAUCUAUUUAACGAUCUACGAUCAGUCUAGAGAGUAUUUCUGGGAAAAGACAGAAAAUUGGUGGAUGGCCCGUGGUUAUGCAUCCCUCACGGCUGGAGCCUGCUCAACGGUGGCCACAAACCCGAUUUGGGUCAUUAAAACGAGGCUCAUGUCGCAAAGUUUUACUCCCUCAACCAAUGGUUAUCGUGCGCCCUGGUAUUACAAAAGCACGCUAGAUGCUGCUCGCAAGAUGUAUGCGAGUGAAGGAAUAGCCGCAUUCUAUUCUGGUCUUACCCCUGCAUUGCUUGGUCUAUCCCAUGUCGCCAUCCAGUUUCCUCUUUACGAAUACUUCAAAAUGGCCUUUACAGGGUUUGGGAUUGGAGAGCAUCCAGACGAAGGUAAUACUCACUGGCUAGGAAUCAGCGCUGCUACUUUCCUUAGCAAAAUCUGUGCCAGUACAGCCACAUAUCCUCACGAAGUGCUGCGAACUCGCUUGCAAACACAGCAACGAGGUGAUCCAGCUCCAUCUCCCGAAGGAAUCGCAUUUCGUGGCGGUUUGGAACAGCCUCAGGACCAUGGCCGACCGCCAGGUUUAGGCGCUGGUGCAUCAUCUUCAGAUGGCAUGCGCAAUCGCCCACGCUACAGCGGAGUGAUUCGCACGUUUCAAACUAUUCUUAAGGAAGAGGGAUGGCGGGCAUUCUAUGCCGGAAUUGGCACAAAUCUAUUUCGUGCAGUCCCAGCCGCGAUGACUACGAUGUUGACUUACGAAUAUUUGCGGAAUAUCAUACAUUACACUCAACACGAGGGAGAUAGAAUCUUGACCGAGGAAACGGUGUCGGCUUAUUAACUGCGAAUAAUUCAUUAUUUAAAAAAAAUCCUGAAGGAAUCUGGAAAUGUACAGUGGGAAAGGAUCCUCAAUGACCAGCUUCAGAUAAUCUUUUUCCCGUGGGUGACCAGCCUUGCGCGAUAUCCGAGCGAAUAGACCAUAGCCUUCGUUUUCCUCUGCUUCUCCUUCCCCCUUCCCUUUGCAUCCCGUGGCCUUUGCACUUUCGUCUUGUUACUAUUUUAAUAUUCGAUUAGGCUGGCUUGUCAGGGACUCGAGUUGUAGAAAAAGACAUUAACCAUUCUACAAGAUUUCUCCUCUUA